UGAUUUGAGUAAUUGAAUUUGGUUUUCAGGAAAAAAAAAAAAAAAAAAAAAGAGUGUCACGUCUCGCUGCACUAUGGCGUGAGAGAGGAAGGGGGGGUGAUUCCCACCCUAAGGCGAGAGCCGGCGGACUGCAAUGGCGGCGGAAAGACGGGUGGGUGAUGCACUCACAGGCAGCGGCAGCGGCAGCAGCAGCGACGUGAAGAAUGGGGGCAAUUAUACCUCCUCCUCCUCCUCCUCCUCCUCCUCCGGAUUGGAGGUAAUGAGGAGAGUGGAGGGGCUCAGAUUUCGCCGUUUCGCAACGUUUGUUCCCCAGCUCGGCAUCUUCGGCCUGAAGAAGGAUGGGUUCCUGGAAGCGUUGAAAGGGAGCAAGCUAGUGGUCGACAGGUACAUAGAUUACGACGAUGGGCCCAUGUUGUUUGCCACACACCAGCUGCUCAGUCAUCAUAUCGUGACGGUGGAGGGGUACCUGAAGAUCGUGGAACAUUCCAUCCUGCGAGAACAAGCGAAGAGGCGACAGAAAUUUCAAGCCAACUUGGAAAGGACCCAACUUGCCUGCCGAGAGACUCUAAUUAAACCAGCGGGGUCCGCAGAGAUUGCUGAGGGGUCAGCCUGGUUUCCCGCCAGGGUGUCGGCAUCUUCCAGGAUCCCAAGAAGGCGGGAGUCGUCAGCUCACGGACGACUGCCGACGUCAAGCGUGAGCGGCGGCGUCGGCGACGCCGAACGUCGCACACGGAUCAGCUGGGUCGACGAUCAAACCCUAGCCGCUGCCGGAGGACGGCGAGACGAGUCUGAUGAGAAAGCCACGGUCGGGACCGGUGGGAAUGCCAGGAGUCGUCCUGCAUCAAGCGGCAGCCUGGUCCAUUUUGCUGGUGACAGAGAGAGCGAUGGGGGGAGGAAGGGGUGGCAGGAGCAGCAGCAGCAGCAGCAGCAACAACAACAACAAGGCCACCGCGGGUCAAUCCGAAGCUCCGCCGAGGCUGACGAUGGUGGCAUCAGCUCUCAAGAGAACAGAAUUGACAGCAGCCCCCAGACUACUGAGGGUCAGGGAGCUGCUGCAGGGAACUGGACAAGCGAGCAUGCCGAGUCACAGGGCAAAAGAGAGAGUAAGCUUGGCGGCGAUGGCGGCGACGAACCUGGCGAAGGAGAUGGUCGUCGACGACCCUCCUCCUCCAUAUCUGAUAGGCGCCCCACUGGGGGGGGCGGGGGUAGGAGACCCACCCUAACUCGCAGCCUGUCCGCACGGCCAUUCGGAUCGGCUUCCAAGGAGGAGCAGACUAGCACCGAGGAGGGAUUCCAGGCCGCCUUGGAAUCCUUCAGGUCUUCAUUCAGGCGAAUGCCGCUCCAUCGGAGUUUCAGUAGUGAACCUGGUACAGAACGCCAGUUAGACUUAGAGGAGGAGCCCUCCGCUGCCACAGAGCUGCAGCAGAGAGAGGAGGCUCAAGCUGAUGUUGUCCAAUCUGCGCCUCCAGCUUCAAGAGAGCUGGAAGGGGGGGUGUCUGGAAACGGAGCAGAGGUUCCCUCUAGGCGCCUCUCCUCCUUUCGUGACGGCGGAGGGGCAGCCAAUGCUCCGGUUGUGAAAAGGCGGAGCCUUUCUGCCGAAGCUGGGGGCCAGCGCCGCCCUUCCGCCGACAACUUUGCGCCUACGGCGGAGAAAGUUACUGUACAAACUGCAAAGGGAGAGCCACAAAUUACUACGGUAGGAAGCAAUGACGGUAAAAGCGCUGCGGAUGUUGGGUGGAGCGGGAGGAGGGGAGAGUUUGCCAGGAGGAAAAAAAGAGAUGCCGCAGAGGAUAUCAGGCAAGAAGGCGUGGCUACCGGUAGGGCGACCAGGGGGGGCUCCAGCAACUUGAAGCCAAAUGACAGCCGGCGGAGCACGAUGCUCUCUACACGACAGUCCAUUCGACUACAUAAUCUUCCUAGGUUCAACAGUUGGGUGAGGGCGUCGACGGUGGAACGACAAGGAGAAGAAGAAGCAGAGCUCAGACGGAAAAACGUGGUCAGAGGGACACUGCAACUGUUUCUUGAGAAAAUUGCCAAGCUCGGUGAGCUUGAUUGGCUCGCCCAGGCGAAGACAUCUGGCAAAGGAGCAAGAGGGGGGGUAGGAGUGCAAGCAGCCACCACCGCACCAGCAGGCGGAGCAGGAGGAGGAGGAGGAGGAGGAGGAGGGAAGCCGGGUGCUGUCGCGGAAGGACUUGGGGACAAGACUCAGAGAAGUGAUUGGUUAGCUCCUGCCGCAUUAGGAAGGACCCUGGAAAUGGACGAAGAAACAUGGUUGGUUCCCGGUGAAUCCGGUGAUUGUGCAGAAGGACCAUCGAGUCGCCAACAACGAAGAGGGGGGGGGAGAGGAGCCCAGUCUGACGCAAUGUCAAGUGGUAGUGUGCAGUCUAAGGGUGGGGUAGGAGGAGACGGGUGUGGAAAGGCUAGUGGUUACCGGCUGGAUGGAGAAGACGGUGGCGGCAGCGGCAGCGGCAGCGGCGGUUUCAUUCCAGUGCCCAUACAGCCGCGGAUAGAGACUCCUCCUCGGGUCCCCGAUGAAGUCGAAGAGAUGCUUAACGACUGCGUCCGCCUCUGUUAUGUCCAAAGAGCCCACAGGGAGGCCGUUCACCGCCUGGUUGAGACGAUGGACGUCUGGGACGCUCGGCUUAGCGGCUGCAAAUGUCAGAGUUUCUGUAAUGGAGAGUCCUGCGGUGCUCCUAGCGAUUCGCCCAAGCACCCAAAACCUCGCCUGCCUCCGUCGGCGAGGAUCUGUCUCUCACUCUGGGCGUGCAAGCUCGCACUUGAUGAGAAAGACCUGGUGCUGGCAGAACUUGCCAUCUUGACGGCUGGGCAAACCGGCCGAACCUUCUUUUCUUCAGAUGAUUCACCGUGGAGCACUCAACGGGCAGCUUACGAGGGCCUUCACGGUAUCGUCUACUUCUCCAAAGGUGCUUACAUCACAGCUCUAGGAAUGCUCCUUCACGCCCUGUACAUAGCCGAAAAGCUCAAAAAGGCAGGGGACGGGCCAGUCUGGACGCGUGUACAAGGAAACGCAGAGCUUGCUGGAUACUUAAACAACGUAGGUGCCGCAUAUCAUGCACUUGGUCAGAGGUCAGGCUAUGGUGGAGGGUGGGAGCGGCAUGGUUUGUCUGUCCUGUUUGCUUGUCCGUCUGUCCCGUAGCGGAUCAGGCGCGUCGUUUCGAGGUAGUGCCUUUUGAAAUGUGUGAUUGUCGUAAGCCUUCGUAUGGUACUCGAGAGCGGGUGUCUUUUCGCGGUCCCUAAGGCUCGUCGGUUAAAAAAACUUACUUCUUUGCAUUGGGUCGGGGUUCUUAUUGGGAUACAGUAAAGAUGUAUAGAAAUA